GAUGUACGAGUAGACCCGUCGAACCAGUCGUGUCCCUUAUACUGCUGUCUAGCCGCGUGAAGGCAUAUGGUAGCGAAUGGUCACGACGCGGUAAACGCGUCAAACCUACCGCGACGACUUCCUUGAGUUUCGAUUGUCGGUGUUUUUUGCUAUCAUGUCGCUCGUUGCGGAAGUCCUGCAGCCUAAGGAACCCUUAGAAAAGGGUAACCUUAAAGCUACAGUGUCCCGACUGUCUCGCAAGAUCGACGACUUGAAGACAGACAUGCAAAAAGAGCUGGUUUCCAAGUAUGACAUGUUCUUGCCGUACUACCGAGACGCCGAGCAUUUGAUGCGAUGCUUGAAGGCGGCUGUCGAAGAUGUGGAAGAGGUAUUUAAAAAUAUCGAGGACCACGUUAAGCCGCGUCUUGUGCAGUCUACGACCGAGUUCGAGGUCCUGUCUCGCGAAUUGGCUACCAUCGAGCAGCAGUCGUCGCAGAUACGUCGCUAUGCGCGCCUUCACGAACUGCUGGAAGAGGCGGAGGCGCAGUUCGUGUCGGAAGAUCUGCUGGCCUGUUCACAGCUACUGGAGGAAGUCGGUAGCGUCGUGAGCGAGCUCGAAGGCGGCCCUGAGGUGCAGCUCGUCGACGCGCUGCACACGGAGCACAUUAUUCGUAGUGAACGGCUCAUCUACAAGCUGUCAGAGGUUUGGAAGCGUUACAUAAUCUGGAAAGUGGGCCGGACGCCUCAUGUGACUGAGCUUACGGUUGCCACAGUCCAGAAGGAAGAGGCGGAGGCGUUCGCCAGGCUUGUGGAAGCUGUUCAGAGGCAGGGACAGCUCCGCGAGAAAAUGUCCCGAUUCGGCCGCUCGCUACUGGCUGACAUCGUCACACCGAUGGUCAAGUACGAGUCCAUCAUCGUGACACCCUUGGAUUCCUCGACGUUCCGCGUCGAGUUUAACGAAUCGAAAGCGCCGCUCGUGAAAGACGUACUCGCGAAUUUGUCGACGCUCUUUACUUUCCUCACAAACCGUUUGCGAGCGCACGACGUUAUCGGUGUAGACUUGAUUAAGGUCAUGGGCAGUGUCAUUGGUACCGAGUUUUCCGACACGGUUGCCAAGUGCUGCCUCGAACCUGCCGUACCCAGCGACGGCAGCCGUCUGCACAGCUAUCCGGCCAGUGCCCUGCUUGAUUUUCACAACCAGUUAGUUGCGACGAACUUCCUCUCAUCUGAGAAGACUGGAUUUUCCAACCUUGUCUCCAACCUAGAGGCCCUGUGCAUUAGCAAGCAGAGCCAGAGCAUCCUUCUGCAAGCAAGAGCUAUUAUGAAACAAGAGAUGCAUGACACUGUCGUGGUUGGAGAGCCACCAUUAAGCGGGAAGCAGAUGUCAUCACUAGAACAUUGCUUACAUGGGAGCCCAUUCAAGUUCCCGAGGUGCCAAGUGAGCAAAUUCGUGGAAGAGCUGGUCGCCUUGCUGAAGACAAUGGUAGAUGGAGCCAAGGACAGUUCUGAUAGCGGCUGCACUGAGCAAGCCUGGCAGGUGGGUGCCGUACGCCACAUUUGUGAGCUUUACUGUUGUGUCGCUCCUGUACACCACCAGCAUGCAAUCGAGACCAUCCCAGUGCAGACAGCUAUACAUCACAACAACUGCCUCUACUUGGCCCAUGAACUACUCUGCUUAGGUGUGUGGUUUCAUGGACGUACGACACUUGUGGACGUUGCGUCGAGGAUCCGUUGGAUUGGAAGGGUUGCCCUUUGCCAGCAGGUUGACAGUCAACGAAAGCACCUCUUGGAUUUCUUGAGUGAGGUGUCAAUAUCAGAAAAUAGCCAGGGCCUUGAUGCAGCACUGCGGCGUUGCUUGUUCCACAUUGAGCAGCUCAAGAGAGUCUGGCUAGAUGUCUUGCCAGUCACAAGCUACUUGGAAACUGUCGGUAGCCUCCUCAACUCGGUGCUUGAGCAUGUUGUCAAAAGUGUAGUUGGCAUGGAGGACAUUGCAUCCACACUUUCAGAAGAACUAGCUCAAGUGUUUGAGAAGGUUGUUGACCAAGCUGUUAACAUAUUUGACAUUCCUGCCUGUUCGUCGGAUGCAAGAAUUCUUGCCUCUGACUAUGUGGCCAAGUGGAGGAAAUUCUGCGAGCUCAAAAACCUCCUUCGCUUUAAUUUGAGAGAAGUCAUGGACCGAUGGGCUGAUGGUAGGGGCCCCCUGGCAGCAUGCUUUAUGCCUGAUGAAUUGAAGCGGCUGAUCAGGGCACUUUUCCAAAACACAGACAGACGAGCUGCUGCACUGGCACAGAUUCGAUCAAGCAGCAUUUACAUGGAGUCUCAGCCUGUCCCACCUAAUUAAUACUUCGUCCUUUCUUAGUACUUUCACAAAUGUUUUUUUUUUUAAGUGCCAUAUUGUGCCUGCCUGUGGAAAGCGUUGAAAGGAUGUGAUACAUGGAUCAAAUUCUGCUGUCAAUCAUUAUUUGCAUAAAUUUUCUUAUGGUGCUGAACAAUGGGAGUGUUUAUGUCUUUUGUGUUCGUGUAACAAUCAUGGAAGUCUUUUUGUCCACGCAAACUUGGCACCAGAGCAAAAUUUGUUGGUUCACAAAAAUGUACUUUUAUGUGGUUGUAACUUUCACUACGUUUUUAACAAGGUUUCUUGAACAUGAGCAUGAUUCAGCUCAUCACACACUUAUAUAUACACUCAGAUGUUGCACCUAUGCAGCCCCCUACUCAGGCCCUAUGGAUAUCCAGCAAGCAGUGUGUUAUCGUCGCUUUUGCAAUACCAGGUAAUAGAGUGAUAUUUCUCAUAUUGCGCAUUCAAAAAUUGUGCAGUUUAUCACCAGUUAUUUCUUAUAGUCAAAGUGUCAUGUGUUAAAUGCGUUGCGACAAUAUAUUGGACACUUAUCAUUGAGUUCUGUUUACCUUAUUGUACGUUCCUUUGCCCAUUGCACUCUUGUCUAAGAACUAAAGAAACGAUUAAGCAUUCAAUUUAAUUUCAAAGCCAGUUUUUUAUGAAUAUUCAUAUCUGAUUAGUAAUCCUUUCCAUGCCUAGGACAAGUCUCGAUCCUCCAGGUGUUUCCUUUCACCUAUUGAGUGCCAUCAUUUUUGUGUGAAUGCUGCGAAAUUAGAUGUUACCACCUUUCCAAAAAAAAAAAAAAACUAACUUUUUAAGGGUGCAGUUGGUGGAAGCGCAGCGCAAGUUUGGCUAGCCUAGGAUUGAAAACUAGUCACACAGAGUUAGGAGCAGCGACGGCGUGUGCCUUUGUUAAUGGCGGAAUCGUGGUAUUUUUGUACAUUUCUAUGCCUCAAGUAAACAAUUAGACAUGGAAAAUUGUAGCAAGUCGUUGUCAGAGCUUCAACUUAUCAUUAACUAUUACAAGGAAGAUUUAACCUCGUAUUCAGAAAUACACCCUAACUUGGAGCCACAACUCUACUUGGUCAAUUCCAGCACAAGAUAACACCUGGCG